AUGCAGUUAGAGAACAUCCUUCCCAGCGCCAGCAUCAAUUUACCCAAAACCUUUUACAACCUCUCCUCGUCGGACAGUGUCAACAACAGCCCGAGGCCGUCGUCCCAGCAGCUCGAGUACCAGGACGUGGACCGGACGGAGUCGGAGUCCGGCAGCGUGCCCAAGAAGUACCUGAGCGGGGUGGGCACCGGGAUGCUGGGCGAGGCCGGGGACACUUUCUCUAAACCCGGGCCCGAUGGGAGGAAGGGCUCCCCGGUGCUGGAGGACGAGCUGGCCAGUGCUCGCCGGUACAACAUAGACGAACUUGGCUCUGACAGAUACUUCAUCUCGUCGUCCCAGGCGAGUAGCGACAUGGCCAGCCCCUGUUCCCUCUUCCCCUAUGCAGGCCAGACCGGCUCGGUGUACACGGGCUCCAGCGGCUCCCGGUACCCGGCGUCGCUUCACUACGGAUCCGUGCUGCCGCCCACGGGCUUCUCCUCCUCGGCCGUGUGCACCGGCCGGAGCCAGUUUAGCACCGGAGGGUACCAGUUCAGCCAGGGUCCGGGCUGCUUGUACCCGUCCUAUCCCGGGACGGGCACGGGCAUCGGGUCCAUGUCGCUGCCGGGGUCUGCAGCCGGAGCCCGGGCGCAGGUGUAUCUGUGCAACCGGCCUCUGUGGCUGAAGUUCCACCGGCACCAGACCGAGAUGAUCAUCACCAAGCAGGGCAGACGGAUGUUUCCAUUCCUGAGUUUCAACAUCACCGGACUCAACCUCACGGCACAUUACAACGUCUUUGUAGAAGUCAUCCUGGCCGAUCCGAACCACUGGCGCUUCCAGGGAGGAAAGUGGGUCACCUGUGGGAAAGCGGACAACAAUAUGCAAGGUAACAAGAUGUAUGUUCAUCCCGAAUCUCCAAACACUGGUGCUCACUGGAUGAGGCAAGAAAUCUCAUUUGGCAAGUUGAAGCUGACCAACAACAAAGGGGCCAACAACAACAACACACAGAUGAUCGUCUUGCAGUCGCUUCACAAAUACCAGCCGCGGCUGCACAUUGUGGAGGUGACGGAGGACGGAGUGGAGGACAUGAGCAACGAGGCCAGGACUCAGACCUUCACCUUCCCAGAGAACCAGUUUAUAGCCGUCACUGCUUACCAGAACACAGAUAUCACACAGCUGAAGAUAGAUCACAACCCAUUUGCAAAAGGCUUCCGGGACAAUUAUGACUCGAUGUACACAGCCCCAGAGAGUGACAGGUUGACUCCAUCCCCUACAGAUUCCCCUCGCUCCACCCAGAUUGUGCCUGGGGCCCGCUACGCCAUGCAGCCUUUCUUUCAGGACCAGUUUGUCAACAACCUGCCUCAGAACCGUUUCUACACUGGUGAACGGGCCGUCCCCCAGACCAACAGCCUCCUCUCCCCACAGAGUGAGGACGCCAGCGCCGCCGCCUCUGCCCAGCGCUGGUUCGUCCCACCGGUUCAGCAGCCGGGCUCCAACAAGCUGGACCUGUCCUAUGACAAUGACUAUUCCACCAGUAGCCUCCUCUCCUACGGCAUCAAGCCCCUGUCCCUUCAGACCUCCCAUGCCCUCAGUUACUACCCAGACUCGGCCUUCGCCUCCAUGGCCGCUGGUUGGGGAACCAGAAGCACUUACCAGCGCAAGAUGACCACGGGCCUGCCCUGGUCCCCUCGCCCGAGCCCCCCGGCCUUCCCCGAGGACCAGCUGGGGGCCACUAAAGACAAGCUGCCGGAGGAGAGCGCCCCCCCGGCCUCAACCUGGAUCGAGACGUCCCACUCACUGAAAUCUGUGGACUCUACUGAUUCUGGCGUGUACUCCAUGGUGUGCAAGAGGCGCAGGAUGUCUCCGGGGGGCUCGAGCACAGAGAACUCCCCCACCAUCAAGUGUGAGGACUUGACCACGGAGGAGUACAACAAGGACAACCCAAAAGGCAUGGGUUACUAUGCAUUCUACACAAGCCCCUGA